GCGCGGCAGCGAGAGUAUCUAGUGGCUAGUAGGUUCUGCGCGCGCCCGUACACCCGUGUACCCUAUUUAGAGGGGUGGAAAGCGCCGGUACGAAGGUGGGGUGGCUUGUGUCCAAGAGUAGGGAGUAGAAACGAUCCCUACUACCCCUCUCUAGCCGGUUGGGAAAGCGCACGAGCUGUGUCUGGUUAUAUGGGAGUGGCGGGGGUUGUGGAGGGAUUUCAUAAGGGUAGAGGGGUUGGAUAGGGGUUCGAACAGAGCUGGUUUAGGCAAGGGGGUGAAGGAUGCUGGUGGAUGAGACUGGAGGAGAGGAAAGGCGCCGUAAGGGGUGCUCGGAAUCACGGUGGUGGUGUGUACACCCUGUGUAUAUAGUCUGGUCAGAGUGGAAGAAGGGUGCGCCCUACUUCGCGUCGGCGUUUUCCCUCCUGGCAGUGUGCAACGACGUAUCGAAAGAAGGACAGAGAAAGCGAGCACAGGCUGUCUCUCCGAUUCGGUGCCGGGCUUUUCAUAGUCUCUCAUUUCACGACGAGCGUCCGUGCCAUCGGUUCGAGUGUUUUGCGCGUUCAACGAAUAUCGGGAGUGAGAGAAAAAAGAAGAAAGAGGAGAAAGAAGGAAAGAGGCAGUGAAAAUCGGCUGGGAAAACAGAACGGGGAACGCGAACCAGCGAAGAUCGCCUGGCACGGACAACGCCUCGGGCACGGAGCAACGCGAGAACGAGAUAGGACUUCGGUCUGUAUCGCGAGUAUAUUUGGUGAUUCGUGUUAGUACGCGUCGUCCAAGGUGGUGGUGCAGAGUACCGUCCGUCGACGGGGGUGUUGUUGCCGUUAUUGGUUCUCAUCGAUGGUGAAUCGUGGAGUUGGUUUUCGUAAGCUUCACGGCAAGUGCACGUUGAUCGACGCGUUUACGUAAGAACGACGGACGCUCGUGGUGUAUGCUUACUCGUACGUGCUCAUAUGUAUCUCAAUGUGCGCGCGCGCGUGUGACAAGUACCGACAAAUACGGGAAGACGAGUCAAGGAAAGAGACGGCAGAGGUUUUCGUCGAUUCGUGAGUUUGCCGAAAAUACCAAUUCGGUUAGCUUCGAUCAUCGCGUAUCCUUCGAAGAUCAAAGGACAAGUAUUCGUCAUCGUACGUCGAGCGGUCGCCGAGUCGACGAAUCAGAAGAAUUCACGAAUGGACGAGCCGAGAGCGUUUAAUCCCGACCUUCUCGUUUGCAUAAUUAGCCGUGCUGCACUGCUGCAACAGCUACAGGGAGAGAAGGGUUCGCGUAAACUUUGUUAUAAAGGCUGAGGUGGCGGUCGUAUUAUUCGACGAUACGAGGAGGAGGAAUUGAACUUGUCGUUACAAGGAGACGAGAGAAGGUGAGAACAACGACCAAAGGCGUCUCGUCAUCGAAACCUACUCGAAGAAGGAAAUGGAAAAAAUGGGCGCAAGCUUGUUGACAGAGUAUUUUCUCGGGAGAGCGAAAACACUCCUCGCUUAUUGAUGCGCCUGGCGAGGCUAGCGUCCUCGAGCAAAAUAGUCGGGGCGGAUAGCGUCUAUCGUAACCAGGACCAGCAUUCGACAAUAAUAAACGUGUUCGUCAUGGAAAUCUCGGUGUUCUUGUUUUACGUGACGACGUUGCUGGGCAUUGUGACCAGCGACAAGUGCGCCGUUGAGUGUUCUUGUAAGUGGAAGAGCGGGAAGCGCACGGUCGAGUGUGUAAAUCGUGCCCUGACUAGCAUACCGGAGUGGGUCGAUCCGGAAACGCAAGUGUUGGACACGAGCGGUAACGACAUUCGGACCCUGCCGAGUAACAUCUUCAAACGUGUACGUUUGACGAAUCUACAGCGUCUCUACCUACGCGAGUGCCGUAUCGACCGAAUCGAUAGCGAAGCACUGGCCGGCCUUACGAAUCUGGUAGAGCUCGAUCUAAGCCACAACCUCUUAACGGUGGUCCCUACUGCAAGUUUCUUGGAUACACCGUUCCUCAGGGAUCUCGUACUGUCCAACAAUCUUCUCAAGAGGAUUCACUCGCACGCGUUCAAGAGUACACCGAACCUGGUCAAGUUGGAUUUGUCUCACACGCAACUGGUUGAGAUCGAGGCGAAAGGAUUCCGGGGCUUGGAACUGUUGGAAAGUUUAAAGUUAAACAAUAAUCAGUUAUCGACCCUUCAUCCCGGUACGUUCGAGCCGUUGAACAAACUCACGAGCAUAGAACUUCACGAUAACCCCUGGAUCUGUGAUUGCCAUUUACGCGAGAUGAAAAUGUGGCUCGUGAAGCACAAUCUGCCGACCCUUCAAGCACCCCUUUGUCACGGUCCGAAACAAUUAUUGAAUCGUACCUUUACCGAUUUGAGUAUCGACGAUUUUGCCUGUCGACCGAUUCUCCUGAUAGCUAGUCGCUACGCCGAGGCAACGAUAGGCGAAAAUGCCAGUAUCGUGUGUCGAGUUAGCGCGAUACCACCGGCCAAGGUGAAAUGGUAUUGGAACGGACGUUUGCUGACCAACCAUUCGGCAUUCAGUGGCUAUCAGAAGAUUUUGAUCUUUGAGGAGGGUCAGUUCCGGAAAAGAAGUACGCUAGUGCUGACGAAUGCUCAGGAAGCGGACUCUAGCGAGUUCUACUGCGUGGCAGAAAAUCGUGCUGGUAGCGUCGAGGCGAAUUUCACUCUUCACGUAUCCCUGAGAACCGCUGGCAUGUCUACUCUCGGUUCCGGCCAAAUCGCCGGUAUAUCCGCCGCUCUGGUCGUGCUCAUUCUCUUUAUACUCCUUAUCAUUCUCGUGUUGUUUAUUCGUUUACGAAGAAUGCCGUUGAAAGACGUGAAGUCGUCGGUUCCUGCGGAAGGGGUGUCCGCCGAUAGUACAGGUGGUAAUAACGAGAAUCCAUCAUCGGCAACGUCGACUACUCGCAGAAAACACGAAGAAAUCGAAACGACGUCGUUCGGUGUGGAAUCGAAGCCACCGGUGUCCUUAAACCUGAGCUACGUUCAAAGACCUCAAGCAGCGGCCUUGCAGACAGAGAACGAGUACGGUUCGAUCGGUCGUUUCGAUGAUCAGAGCCAACAACCCUCGGUGAUGGUUGCACCGGGUGCUUGUUUCUCUUCCACUACGUCACUGAUGCCGAUUGACAAUCCUGAUCUUAUCAGGGACACGCGACGUGGUUCGGCGGAAGACAUUACUCCUUACGGCGGAGCGGACUAUAGUCGUAUGGAAGUGGUGGACGACGCGAAGAUCCUUUACACGAGUUGUAUGUGGGAGGCGAGGGAUACGUGCAGAACAACGGUUCCGGUGAGCACGUACCCUUCGAAGGAAGCCCUAGCUGUAGUGGCACCUAUGGUCGAGCAAUUUCCGCCAGGGGCGAAACAAAUAAGAGUAUGGCAGAAGGGAGUUCCGGUUUUGCCACCGGUGUCUGCGUUGAAGCGUGUCCUCGGCUCGACGCGUAGCUCCCCCGACGAGGGUUAUCAAGAAGGGACUGGAACCGAUGUCUAGGUACCGCUGCUUCAUUACUGUGACGCCCGGCACCGUUACCUGGAGCUUCGUAGACGCCACCAGGACGACACCGACUGCUGAAAGACGUCCUGUCCAGUGCCGGACGAGCGGUAGUGAAAAAGAAAAAAAAUUCUCGAUUUAAUUUAAAUAUCGAACUCCGUCGCGGAUAUUAACGUGAUGGACUAAGACGUCGACCUGUCACGUGGAUUGCGUAUACAUAAAACGUAUAAUAUAUACAUACCACAUGUUACACACUCGUACAUACGUAUAUAUAGACCGAGAAAGUGAUCGAUGAAAUGGUUCGAGAUGUAUUCCGUAUGUGGAUAUACAUACGUGUAGAAGGGUGGCAAACACCGAGAAUGGGAAGUCGUUCGGCCGACUCGGUGGAAACGAACGUCCACUUGUCGCGAGAUUUACGUACAGUGGUCGAUGAAAUAGUUGAAGGUGUCGUCGUGACUAAUGCACGGAACACAUAAAACGAAGAAUCUGUCGAGGACUCGAUCGAUAAAUUCCGCCAUCUGCCAGCUCUAAAAAAAAUAACGCCGGCUUUUUAACCUCCAAGAACUUUUCAUUUUGAACGUUUACGCGUCUGUUUUGUGUGUCCGAUGUGUAGCACGAUAGGAAGAAUAUUCUACUCGACGUUCUAAACGAAUGGAACGGUCAACGCGAUCUGGUAAGAACGACGACGUCGUUUCGGUGGUCUUGCAGUACAAUGUUGACGGCUAAUACUUUCUAUAUGAACGAUUAAGGGAUAUUCGGAGGAAGAACAAAAACAAAAAAAAGAAGGAAAGAAGCGAAAGAGAGAUCACGAAAAAUGGAAUAUAGUAACAUAACGUUUAAAGAUACGGUUUAAAUAUACCGUUUCUUAAGAUAAUAUUUACGAGAAGACUGCAGUGCAUGUUCCGAAGGAUGUGUAGAUAGAGACAGAUACGCGAGAGAAUAAUUUCUAUUUACCGUGUGUGUUGGCUACCGUGUAUACUACACACGUGAAUUUUUUAGUCAAUUUCGAAGGUGUAAUUAAACGAUGUUAGAUGAUUUGGAUAUGGUGUGAGCACAACGACAAUACGAGAUCGAGAAUACGGCCGACGUGCGAUUACGCAUCGCGGUAACGAUGCUCGAAAAAUUCAUUCCAUUUUCCGUCGCGCGUCUAACGAUUCGUCGAUCAGAUUGUUUUUUCAUUUAUUAUUAUCAUCAUCAACGGUACGUACGAAUUAUGAAUACGUUAUAAUUUCGAUAGUCGGAGUAAGAUCGAGUAUCGAAUCGAUUCGGAAUAACUAACGGAAACGCGACAUACGAGGGAAGCGAUAUUGUCACAUCGGAUAGUUAUUGACGUUCGUGUUCGAGGACGAAAAUUCACGGAAACGGUAGAGCGUGAAAUAUGACGUCGGGUACACCUCUGGAUCCGUCGUUGCAAUUCUCCUGACGAUAAAUUGAUUUACUUUGCCGUGCGUUAGGAACCGUUCAAAAUAUAUUCGUGUAACGACACACUGUCUCUUUCGAUAUCGAUUCAUCGAGAAAUUUCACAGACCUUAAAAGCGUUAGUAUACCUACGUCAAUGGUAAUAUCAUGUGCGUAUAUAUCAAUAUCGAUACGUCGGUAUCGAUACAUCGAAUAAUUGCUGACAUCGCGAAUGAUGACAAUUGCGAACGUCGCGAUACCUCUAUCGAACGAGAUAUCUAAUCAACGAUUGAAUUCGGUGAACAAAGAAAAAGUAAAGUGAGACAAAAAAGUUCGCAAUUUCCAGAAUGUAUCCGUCGUCGUUCGAUCUCUGUCUGUUUUUUUGUAUUACCCGGAGCCAAUAGAAUCAAUUACAUAAGACUGUAUAGUAAGCACAGGAAGCCCGUAAGCCAAUUGCAAGCGAAUAUAAACUAUUGCUCAAACACUGAAACGAGGGGCUUGCGAUUGGUUGACCGGCUCAUGCCUCGCGUUAGUGUCUUACGUAAGUGAGUCUGUGUGUGUUGAUCUAGACACUUUGGCGGUAAGCGGUAAGCCAAAACGCCAAUUGCGAAUAUCGGUCAGUUAUCAACCUGUGUCUGUGUUUGUGUCCUGUGUGUUCCGUGUGUGUGUGUGUGCGUAUUUGCCCGACUACGGUUCGUACGUGUCUUGAGAGCAGUGUGCCUGAAUAUACGUAUUCGAACGUAUGUGAUAAUAUGAUCCAGACCAUGCCUACAUGCGGACGUGUGAAUGUAUGAGUGCACUAGUGUAUAUGUGUGCUCGCGCGCGGCAUCGAGAGAUCGAGGGUGAGAUAGUGCAUGCGGUGCAGUGCUUGCAAUUUCUACCGAUUGGUUUAUCGCCUAUCGUUCAGGCCGGCUGCUUUUCUCUGCUCAAUGAUCCUGGAACCAAUCGACGUAUCCGUGAUGAGGUAACAAAAAAAAAAAAAAAAAAAAAAACAAAAA